AUGAUCAACCUGCGAGCAAGGAGGUUUUGCCAAUCAGCAAAGAGCUGGUCCAAAACACGCCGAUAUCUUGAUAUGAUCAUGAACUAUCUUGAUUCGACCACGGAAGACAUGCCGUCCAAGAUAUCACCAGAGAUGAAGGCAGCAAUGCGACUCAGCACUCAUAUGCUGGAGCAGAAAUACAACGAGGAGACUAAGAGGUUUAAUAAGGAACGGUCCAUGUGUGAGAUAUGA